AUGUUUCCACUGGACCAAACGAGCAAGCAGCUAGUCCAGAAGCCAGAGAGAAUAAGAGAACAGAAUCACCAGUCGAAUGAUUUGCAUGAAACUGGGCUUGAUGAGACCGCUCGAUUUGCCUCCGGCCUCAUUACCUCGAAACUGUCAACGGAAGCGAAAACUUAUUUAAAGAUCGACAAUUUAGACGACGUGAUUACGGAUAACGGAUCUAUGGAACAUCCCGGGCUACGCGGUACCCCACUGGCGAUGCUCGCUGCACAAUGUAACAAAUUGAGCAAUAAGAGCCCUCCGCCUUUGGCGGAUGCCGCAGUGGGGAAAGGUUUUCAUCCAUGGAAAAAGAGCCCGCAGAGCAGCGGGAGUUCACCACAGCACACCGGAGGCGGUGGCUGCACCACCACAGGGGUCACUCAAAGGCCAACAGCGACCAGCAGCGCGGGAAGCACCGGCGGAGGAGGUGGAGGUGGUGGGUACGCAAGAGCACCAGUAACCUCUUGUGCAUCCACCGCGCCCCAGUAUGGUAGCGACAUGUACUUUCCGGGCACGGCGUCAGUCCAACCAGCCAGUGACCCGCACCACCACCAGAGCAGUCUUUUGGGCAAGGUCGAGGGCGCGACCCUUAGCUCGGUCUACGGCAGACACCCUUACGAGUCUUGGCCGUUCAACACGAUGACCGGGGCCACCCACGGUGGCAUAAAAGCCAGCGACGGGUGGUGGGACGUCCACGGUGCCGCUACUGGAGGUUGGCUCGACGUAAGCGGUACCGUUGGCGUUCACGCUCAGAUGGCGAACUACUCGGCGGACUACUCAACCAGUCUGGCCCUGGCUGGGAACCACUUGCUGAGCUCAGCUACUACAGCCAGCCACAACCUGCUCCAAGACACGUACAAGUCAAUGCUACCCGGCGGACCUCCUGGUUUUGGGCUCCACGCACACCAUGCGGCGAGUUCCGGAGCCGGAGGAGCUGGCAGCCCUCAAGGUGCUACUGGGGUGGUAACUCAAGCGCCCUCACCUCGAUCCCAGCGACGAUACACCGGGCGGGCGACCUGCGACUGCCCGAACUGCCAAGAAGCGGAGCGACUCGGUCCCGCCGGUGUCCACCUCCGGAAGAAGAACAUCCACAGCUGUCAUAUUCCCGGAUGCGGGAAGGUCUACGGGAAGACGUCACAUCUGAAGGCCCACUUGCGGUGGCACACUGGUGAGCGACCGUUUGUUUGCAACUGGCUUUUCUGUGGCAAGCGGUUCACACGUUCGGAUGAGUUGCAGCGGCACCUUCGAACCCACACCGGAGAAAAGAGAUUCGCCUGCCCGGUCUGCAACAAGCGGUUCAUGCGCAGCGACCAUCUCGCGAAGCACGUCAAGACCCACAGCAGCAGCAGCAGCAGCAGCGGCAGCAAGGGCAAGGGGGGAGCGGGGAGCUCCUCAGCCGAGUCCUGCUCAGACAGCGAGGACAACGGGAGCCAGCAGAGUCCCACUUCCAACAGCAGCAGCUCCACCUCGGUGGUGGCCCAGGGGGUGCCGGGUCAGGUUGUCCAGGGUCAGCAGCAGGGUCAGCACCAGGCUCCGCAGCAGCCUCAGCAGCAGCAGGCCCUGGCGGUGGUAGUGGGCCCUCAGGUGGGUCAGGACGCCAACGGCACCUCCCAGACCACCACCGGUCUCCAACAGCCAACAACUCCCAUGACCCCAAUGCAGAUGACACCUCCCCCCUUGACCCCUCACCAUCCUCACCACCCCCAUCUCCCGCCACUAAUGCAUCAUCCUCAUCAUCACGCAACCUCUGUAACAGCGGCAGCGCAUCAUCAUCCGCACGCGGGGAUGAGCAUGCACUGA